UUCACGAAAUGUCUCUGCGAACGUCGUCGUCGCGAGAGUAGCGAAAACAAGCAUCUAUAUUGUGUUAGAUUGAUUUUGGCAUAAACGACUAUUAAAAAGUAUUUUUAAGAUUCAAAAACAACUGAAAAGUGCGUACGAAAGAUUAUUCUGUGACAAUUUCCACUAAUUUGCGGCUUCAAGUGAUGAUUGUGUCGAAGUUUUAAAAGAAAAUUGAUCCCACUAUCAACGCUCAUAUAUAAAGUCUAGGUAGACUUCCUAGGGUGAUGAGCAUUUCUUCCUAUGCCACACUUCAUUAUUCUUCCUUCGUUUUCCUGCUGGUGGCGGAGUUCUCCUCUGCUACGGAUGGUUAGGUAGAGAACCCGGAAAGCUGGCUGCAAGAGUGGAGAAAGGAACUAAAAAUGGAUAGAAUGGAUGUUGAUGAUUCUGUCGUUGAUCUGAGUAUUACCUCGGGUCGGGAUUCACUUACAAUAACACCCGCAACGGCUCGUGAUUUGCGUGUUUUAACGCAAAACUCUGGAUUAACUAUUACACCGGCACUUCCACCGUCAGUGGCCUCGCCGUCCGCAUGUGGGAGUACCUCUCCGAUUCCUGGAAGACGAGUGUUGCGUCCCCGUACUGAACCCAAAUCAUACGCUGAAACGCCAGAUAUAGUGUUGCUACCAGCUAAAGUUAACGGUCGUUCGUACAACGGCGCAGCUGCUGCUACUACUAAUACUGCUGCUACUGCAGCCACAGGACUGUCCGAAUCUGAGGAUGACGACAUGCCACCAGUAUAUCCUAUCAAAGAAUUGACAGCCGCGGAAAUUUGGGAACGGGAGCGAGGCUUGAGGAAGCUUCGGGAAGAACUCCGCAACGAAGAAACCAAGUUGGUGCUAUUGAAAAAGUUGAAGCAGUCUCAGCAAGUGAUGAUGAAAGAAAAUUUAAUCGUGGCUCCAAGUAACCCAAACAUGAACAACCCACUAGCAUCGAUACCGGCCGCCCUAACCAAAGGGUCACUCAGUGUAACACCAACGAAUGCGGUCCCAUUGCCAGCGCAUUCGAAAAACAUGAAGCCCGUUAAUACAAAUCCUAUCAACCGUGGAUCGCCCAUCAAUAUUACACCAGUUACGAAACCACCUCAACGUCAACCUUCACUUCCGGGAGGUGCCACUCUCACACCCAGUACACCAGGACACAGAUUACCCAUUGGAGUAACCCGAACAGGGUCCAACUUAACCAUCACACCGUCAGUGACGAUCACUCCCACGAGCGCACCAUCGAAUAGUGUAAAACGUAAUAUUUCUACUAAUAAUACAAUUGGAGGAAAUAAUAUUAUGGAUACUAAUUUAAAGGUACAGUCGGGGCAGAUUAGCAAUUCGGUAUCUAUCACACCAGCACCGCCAAUACCAGCACAAAUUAGCUGUACCACAGUGGAGCCGGUUUCACUUAAGCGUGACCGUGAUUCCACUAGGGAAGACACUCAGACUCAGGCUCAACGACAAGCUGCGGCCAAACUGGCACUCAGAAAACAGCUGGAGAAAACCUUGCUACAGAUCCCACCACCCAAACCUCCGCCACCGGAAAUGCACUUCAUUCCGAACCCAAGCAAUACAGAGUUUGUGUAUUUGCUUGGUCUCGAACAUGUUGUGGAUUAUCUAACUAAGGACAAGAAACCUAGCCCACCGCAGCAACCAUACCGCUGCGCCCAAUGCAAGAUCGAUUUCACCCCGGUGUGGAAAUGGGAAAAACAGGGUAAAAGAGGAAAUCCCACUUUUCAGAACAAUCCAGCUGGCAAAGAUACGAAGGUUAUAUGUGAGCAAUGUGUCACGAGCAACGUUAAAAAAGCACUCAAGGCUGAGCAUACCAACCGCUUGAAAACGGCCUUUGUGAAGGCCCUACAACAGGAGCAGGAAAUAGAGGCACGACUGGCCAAUCAAAGUAGCCCUUCGCCGGAUAUACGUCCAACACCGUCAUCCACACCAAAUUUACGAGAACAACGAGAAUUACAACUUGAGCAGCAGCAGCUCGAACGACAGCAAGCGCAAGAGCGUCAACAACAGCAGGCACAGGAACGCCAGCAGCAACAGGAGCGCCAAGCAGCGGCGGCGGCGCAGCGCCAAAAAGAACAAGAGCAACAACUCCGCCAGCAACAACUGCAACAAUUGCAACAACAGCAGCUCCAGCAACAGCAAAUUCAGCAGCAGCAGCAACAGCUCCAACAACAACUGCAACAGCAGCAGCUUCAACAAUUGCAGCAGCAACAAGAGCAACAACAACGUCACCAUCAACUCCAACAACAGCAUGCACAUCUUCAAUCCCAACCGUCGAAAUCGAAAACACCAACUCCGACGCCCCGGCCAACGCCCACUCCACCGAGCCAACAAACUCCACCGCCAGCGUCAAGCUCGAGAUCUAAUCGUCACAGCGCUACGGCCAAUGCGGCAGCGGAAGCCGCAGCUGCUCAAUUGACAGCCCUCGCGGGUCUUGGUGGUCUUGGCCAACUUGGUGCUCUCGGUAAUCUUGGAAGCUUGGGGAAUCUCAAUUCGACGGCUGCAGCGGCAGCAAUGCAGGCCUUCCAGCAGCAACUGUUCAGAGGUCUUCAGCAAGGUUUGUCCAGUGGCAAUCUCAACAAUUUGCAAGCCCAUAUGAUGCAAUUUUCGCCAUUGCUUUACUCAUAUCAACUUGCGAUGGCACAAGCCGCAGCGUCCCUUUCGGCGGCCGGGAAGGGUGGCAACAGUGCAGGUGGCGGAGGAGGCGGAGGAGGUGGAAGUAAUGCCAGCGCGGCUGCCGCUGCGGCUUCCCUCGCAGAAAUGCAGCGUGCAAUGGAGUUGCAACGUCAGUACCUGGAGAUGCUUCCCCAGACCGGACCCGGACCAAGCAACAACCGCCAGACCAACUGGAAGUCCUAAAUCGUCGGCUGUUACUCCGAAUGCUUCGAUGCUGAAUAACCCAUUGCUCACGCGUUUGGUUUCUUGUUUUAGCUUUGUUCGAAACUGUGGUGCGUCGUACAUUGUUUUAUUGUUUACAUGACUUAGUGUUUAUUUUAAAAUAAUGCCUAACUAUAGCGCAUGUUGUUUAGUUGAUUGAUGAACGCGUUUCAUCAUAGCGAACGUAAUCGUAAUACGGAAUUAUCGAAAUGGAAUGAUCAAUAUGAACGUGUACCCAUGUAAAUGAAAUGUAAUGUGUAGCCACAAUUUUGUUGAAAUCUUGCCAAAUUCGUGGAUAAAUGAAGGCUUGCAAGAAUAUUUCAAUUCACGUGUUGCGUUAUUUUUUUACCCUUUUAUGUUAUACUGUUAUUUGUGAACAGUUUUGAAUCUGAAGACACUGGAGUAGGUUUACGCGUGUGAUCAAUUGAAUCUUUCUAUACGACGAUCAGUGAUGGAUUGGAGUAGUGGUGGGUGCGAAACAAUUUUUGUUUUAGAAAAUGUUUUGAUUUAACAUAUGAAAAAAUCCUAUAUAUCACGUCAUUCGGCAAUCGAUUGUAUGAUCGUGACAAAUUCAAAGAAACAACUUGUUGUAAAGUGCUUCUGUAUGUUCUUGCUGAUUCUCAAAAAGACGCUACCAGGACAUUGUGUAUAUAGUUCAGGAUGUAAAUCUAUACGUGUUAACUAGCUGUUGAAUUUAUCAUCCUUCAUUAUCCGAAGUUCAAACAGCUUUCGGCUCUCACUGCCAUGGUUGAUUUACUAACAAACUUGCUCACAUGAAUCGUUCUGAAAGACACGGCGAUUAUGCUCCACCGAAAACAGUGGGUCAAAUUCUUUAAGAAUAUGAAUUUUGAUGUUCAAAAAGGAAAAUUGUUUUGUACACUAGAUAAAUUUGAAGACGAAUAACUUGCAGAAUCAAGUUGACAUUGAUAUAGUCAGAAUUGGUUUUUUUUCGCGGGGUAAAUAUUAUUCCCAUGGCAGAAAGAUGAGUCGCAAUCGUAUUGAUUGGCUUUGAAGAAUUGAUAUCCAACAGAAUUGUAGAAUUCUAGCAUUCACGAUUAAAAGCAUGGUUGUUAAAGGCUUCUGGACCACUGUAAACAAGAUAAACUAAAGGGUGUGUCACAUCAAAUUGCAUCACGGAAAAAACGCUGUAGAAAUUCGCCCAGUAGACCGAUCCUUUUGAAAAUUUUAGACAGUAAAAGAAAAACUAUUAAACAACUUUUGGCAUUUUCUUUUUAUUCAUACUUCGAGCCCAAGCCCGUAUGCUCGCACCUUCCUCUUUACCCCGUCCAUAAGGUUCUGUACAACGUCAGGUUGUAGUUUUUUUUGAACAGAAAUCCAUUUUCUCUUGAAGUCCGCCUCCGAUUUGACAACUUUUGGGUUCUUCCGGAGGGCCUGCUUCAUAAUCGCCCAAUAUUUCUCUAUUGGGCGAAGCUCCGGCGCGUUGGGCGGGUUAAUUUCCUUUGGCACGAAGGUGACCCCGUUGGCUUCGUACCACUCCAACACGUCCUUUGAAUAGUGGCACGAAGCGAGAUCCGGCCAGAAGAUGGUCGGGCCCUCGUGCUGCUUCAAUAGUGGUAGUAAGCGCUUCUAUAGGCACUCCUUAAGGUAAACCUGCCCGUUUACCGUGCCGGUCAUCACGAAGGGGGCACUCCACUUUCCGCAAGAGCAGAUCGCUUGCCACACCAUGUACUUUUUGGCAAACUUGGAUAGUUUCUGCUUGCGAAUCUCCUCCGGAACGCUGAAUUUGUCCUCUGCGGAGAAGAACAACAGGCCCGGCAGCUGACGAAAGUCCGCUUUGACGUAGGUUUCGUCGUCCAUUA